AUGGAUUAUUUCCCCGUGAUCCUCUCUCUGCUGUUCGUGGCUUUCCAAGGAGCUCAAGGAACAGCCAUCUUGGGCGCUGAGCUCAGCACGGGAGCGGACAGCGGAAGAGAGGAACCCUCUCCCAGUGCACCCCGCCGCUCCAAGCGCUGCUCCUGCUCUUCCCUGCUGGAUAAAGAGUGUGUCUACUUUUGCCACCUGGACAUCAUCUGGAUCAACACUCCCGGGAAAAUUGUUCCAUAUGGACUUGGAAACCCUCCGAGGACCAAGCGAUCCUUAAAGGAUUUAUUUCCUACAAAAGCAACAGACCGGAGGGACAGAUGCCAGUGUGUCAGCCAAAAAGACAAGAAGUGCUGGAAUUUUUGCCAAGCAGGAAAAGAACUCAGGCACCAAGACACUAUGGAGAAAGUCUGGGAUAAUCACAAGAAAGGAAAGGACUGUUCCACGCUUGGAAAGAAGUGUAUUCAGCAACAGCUGGCAGAAGGAAGAAAAAUGAGAAGGUUGGAGGCCAUCAGCAAUAGCAUCAAAACUUCUUUUCGUAUUGCAAAGCUGAAAGCCAAGCUCUCCAGAGAGAAGAAAGUGACCCACAACCGAACACACUGA